UAAGAAGUCAUCAUCUCAUCCUUUCAUCAUCCCAAUUUGUUCAUCAUCCCAAGAUGAAGGCGAGAGGUGUUGACAGCAUUUACAGUUGGGUGGUGGCAUUAUCAUGCGGCAUUAUAUAUAUGAUGAUAUCAUGGCCAAUGAAAUUAGGAUCCCUUCUCUUCGUAGAAAUGAUUGACAGGUAUGACACGAACAGAAAAGAUGCGUCCCUGCCAUUUGCCUUAGCUUACUUAAUGAGAAGUUUAUCAAGUCCAUUUGGCGGAUAUUUCGGCGAAAAAUUCGGAUUGCAACAAGUCACUAUGUUUGGAUGUAUAUUAUGUUCCAUUGGGGUCGGAUUAUGUUUCUUUUCUGAAGAAAUCAUAUCGAUCGAUAUUUUCUUAGGACUGAUAUAUGGAUUUGGACUGGGAUGGUCAUCAUGUUUGGUACCUGAAAUCAUGAACCAGCAUUUUGUGAAGCACAGGACUAAAGGGUUCAGCGUGGUUCUCGGAGUAAGCGGAGCCAUACAUUUCAUAACUCCGCUUCUUUUGGAAAAGAUAAUAAGCGAUUGCGGAGUUUCUGGAUCAUUUCUCAUCAUGUCUGCCAUCAUUCUCAAUAGUGUACCUGCAGCAAUGUUAAUAAUCAACCCCGAAGAAAAAAACACGAGGCGCCUAGAACAAUCAUCAUUACAGACUGGUAAAAAUAAUUUGUUGGCUGUAGAACCCAUUCACUGCACUCCUAACUCAAACUUAGAUUUCGUAAGAGUAUCCAGAACACACACAUGUUUGGAACUUUCUCCCGGAGCUAGACCAAACUCUAGUUUUGUUGCAGAUCAGUCCACUUCGAAUGCAGAAGAACCUUGUUCGUCUGUCAAUCAGCCUAUGCCUAUGAAUACAACGAAACAUUCUGAACAACGUAUUGUUGAAAUCAAUAACGAUAUUGCCACGCACUUAAAACUUCAAGACAAAAGUGGAACGUUUCCCAAAGAUAAGAAACUGGAAGAAGAAAAUGACCUGCAGCAUAUUAUUAAAAGUAGAGGUGGAAAGCUGGCAGAAAUAAAUGACCUGCCUCAUAUUAUUGAAAGUAGAGACAGGAAAUUAGAAGAAGUAAAUGACCUACCUCAUAUUAUUGAAAGUAGAGACAGGAAAUUGGAAGAAGUAAAUGACCUACCUCAUAUUAUUGAAAGUGGAGACAGGAAAUUGGAAGAAGAAAAUGACCUGCAGCAUAUUAUUGAAAGUAGAGACAGGAAAUUGGAAGAAGAAUUGAAUUCGGAUCUAUUCGAAAAUAUUGAUAACAGGUUGACAAAUGAAACGAACAAAUUUGAAAGGAAGAAGAAAAAGGCGUCUCCAACAAAAUAUGAAACAAUUGACAUUUUAUGGAAUCCUGUGUUUUUGUUGAUAGCUUUUAUUCAGAGCUCCUUUUUCUACAUCCAAUACAUAUCAUGGACUGUACUAGUGGACUUGGUCCGUGACAAAAAUAUCCCACGCCAUCUGGAAGUGUACUUUGUGGUUGGGCAGGGAGUUGUAGAAACCAUUGGACGUAUGGCUCUAGGAUUUGUGACCGACAGUGGAUACAUGGAGGUCAGGAAUUACUGUGCCCUUUGUUUCGGCCUCAUAGGACUCUCGUGUACUCUGCUAGUUUGGGUGUCUGGAUUUCCAAUGACCAUGACUGCCAUUUGUAUAUUUGGUUUCAUAAGUGGAACCAAUCUAACUGCUCUUCCUGGAAUUGUGACGGAGUUUAUUGAAAAAGAGAAAAGAACAUUGGCUAUGGCAUCGAGGCUAAUUCUUUAUGUGCCGAUGAGUUUUACUAUGUCUCCCUUAAUAGGGUAUUUCAGAGGCACUUUGGGCUCAUACAAUGGACUCUUGUACGUCAUGACAGCCUUAUGUGCAUCUUGUAGCAUUGUUCUGGUGUUCUUACCUCGAGUGAAGAAAUAUAUAGAAAAAGAAGACAAGAGUUCAAAACUGUGAAGACAUUCAGCGAGAAAUUAUUGUUUGCAAUAAAAUUCUGUCUGUUGGUUGCGAA